AUGCGAACAAGGGUCACUUGUGACCAAUGCCGGCAGCGGCGGAUCCGCUGUAACGGUGCGACUCCCUGCAGUCGCUGCGUCACAUCCAUGUUGAUUUGCAAACGAGAAAUGGGAUCGAAGCGUCCUGGUCCCAAAGCGGGCAAGGGAUCAGUCAUUGCCAAACUGAGAAAGGCCACAGACGUGUUUAGCAGUGACUCCCCGCUGCAAGAGAAUCUGUCGCCUUCUGGGUUGCGGCAAGAUGCCAACCAAAUUCCAUGGCCUUCAACUUCCUACUUGCCAAUUCGUCGGCCGGAUGAUGAGAUGCUGUCCUUGGAAGGUAAUCACCGCUCCUUUGCUGCACGGUCCGUAAGCGACACGGCCAAUUCUGCCUUCUGCAAUCCUUCACGACCCACACGGUUCACUGGGGUGAUAGAGUCACAGGUUGGGCGUGACCAGGUCGAGAUAAGGAAUUGGAUUCUGGGUACGAUAUCUCAUCAGCGCAAUGAGCCCUCUACCGCGUCUUGGGAUACCAGAAGCUGCGAGGAUGGACGCCGAGCCCACCCUCAAACUCAGUCACCGUUUCCGGAUGUCAGCUUGCUCCUGUUAAUAACACGGUGCAUCGAGAUCUAUAUAGAACAUUUGUUUCCGACCAUGCCAGUACUGGAGCCCUCUCAGCUGCGCCAAUUGGCCCAGAGACCACGGGAAGCGAAAGAAGACAGCUUGAUAUAUGCCCUGUGCGCCUUUUCCAUCACCAAUAUGUGUGGGAAAAGCGCGUCGACCUUUGGCAUUGAAAAGUGGGAGCUAGUUGCUCAAUAUCUUAUAAGAGAAAGCAUCGCGACUCGUCAAUAUUAUAACCACAUUGAAGAUUGCUCUCUGUUCUCAAUCUUGACUUCGUUCUUUAUAUCAUCCGUCCACUUUCAGAUGAACCAGUCUCAUCUCUCCUGGUUUUACCUGCGAGAAGCAAUCACCCUUGCGCAAGGUGUUGGGAUCGAUAAGGAGAGCUUUUACCAUGGCAUGGAUCCUUUGGCCGACCUUUACUACCGUCGGACAUUUUAUAUACUCUUGGUGUCUGAGAGGUCAUUUGCAAUAAUGAGGCACAAGCCGAUAUUGUUGUCCCAGACUAUAUCUCCCCCGGAGGUGAUUAUAAAGGAGCAACAUGAAGUCGACCCAGGGUUCAGACAGCUCAUCAGAACGUUCAGCCAACUUAGCGAAGGUUUCAUAGCUCUUUGGAACGAGUCAGAUACUGGGAUUUGUAUACCAUCCACCGAAUUAGAGCAUCUUCAAAAUCAUUUCGAACUCUCUCCUGAUGAUAUCGGGCCCUUGUUCGACACGCAGAAAGCCGAUUUAAUAGUCACCCAGCACUGGCUACGACUGGUUGCUUGGAAAACUGCUCUGCGCCAUGGCCGACUCUCCAGCAAUUCCAGAUCACGAUCGACGACGUUUUCAUACCCAGAACAAGUCGCCCACUCUCUGUUGUCAGCCUUGAGUGCCUUACCAUCUUUAUCCAUAGAAGUUCACGGCAUGGGUAUUUUUGAAAAGGUUUUCGAGCUUGGUUCCUCACUCAUUGAUAUUAUCAGCUGUUUUGCCAAAGUUCGUUUGGACCGGCCACCCUCUGUUCGGUCCAACGUCGAGGGAUUUCACGCGAUAGUACGAAUCAUAUCGAUCUCCCCUAAUGCAUGGCAAAAGUAUGGCUCAUAUCUAGAGUCAAGGGCAUCAGAACCCAUUCUUUACUACGUAGGGGCUUAUACACUGAGCAUGCACCUUCCUCUGCCUAUGGAUGACUAUGAAGUACGCACAUAUAACGAGUACUCAGAAACCGAAUAA